AUGACUAAGUCAGAGUCCGAGGCCGAGAGGAUUCAGGCGGCUGAUGCGACCGGAGCCGUCUCUUUUCCCAUGUAUCGGGAUUUUUAUAGAGGCCACAUUGAGAAGAAACAAUUUGAAACCGAGAGGACAACAGGUUCGCAGGCCGAGGGUGGAGUGCUGAACAUCUUAUUGCCCAGUGACCAAGGAACACGAAUUCAAGUACCAGCUAACCCGGAUUUGGAAAUGGAAAUGGCUGCACCAAACGAACCCUGGUAUGUGGGCAUUCCGCACAACUACGGAAAAAAUCCGACGCGAGAGGUUGUCAUCUUCUGGAUGGAGGCAAACGAAAUGGGUCCACCUGCUGCUCAGACCGAAGAAAAGCCUGAGGAUAAACCACCAGCACCUGAGGGUGGCGAGAACCACUAG